GGUAGACACUUCUCAUACAAAAACUAGUCUCUAUAUGUAGCAAUUGAUAUACAACCUUAUCCCUUAAGCAAUAAAGUGCAUUUUGGAUUGAUUUCACUACAGCAGGGGAACCCGCGGAUCAAUACCACCAUACUAAAAAUAAUUGUUAGUGUCCUUAUGUUGGUAGUAUUGUUAGUUUGACAAAUGAAAAAAAAUGUCUGUCAAUUGAGUUUGAGUUUUUAACCGGCGAAUUGAUUCGUGUGAAGUGAUUUUCUCAGAUUUGGUGCAAUAUUACUGUAAAUAAACUUUUCUGUCGUUUACGUUGAGUUGAUUAAGUUCCUCCGUAUCGGGCGUGAUAAAGUUUGCUGUUCAGUGUUAUGUUUUUUGUGAGAUAGAGACUCUUUUAAAUAAGCUGUGUUUCAACUUCUACAGAAGUUUAAACUCUUAUUUACUUUUCUGUUUAAUGGGUAUGUUAUCUACUUACUUGAAAUAUUAGAUCUAUUACAAAUCUAUUUUUCAUUAAAAACAACCCUAUGUGAUGAAAAUGUAAAUGUACUUUCAAAACUGGUAAAUGCAUGAACCAGGGCAUUGACACUGGUUGGAGAGAAAUUAUAGGCUUUGUUUAAUUAAUACCUAUUUCAUUUUAGGCUUCUACUGAUAAUGGAGAGUAGAAACAACAAGAAGUGCGUUAUUUGUAAUAAGAGGCGAAGUCGUGGUGGAUCACCCUUACUUUUGAGUAGGUUUCCUCUGGAUUCUGACCGUUGUCGAAUGUGGGUUAAAAAUGCUGGCAUAGAAGACUUAGCAUAUGUACCUAUUGAAAAGUUACACCAACUGAAGUUUGUUUGUGGUGGGCACUUCACUCCUGAAUCCUUCAAUGCCAAAGGAACUCGGCUGAAGAACUCAGCUAUUCCAACACUGGAAUUGAGCAAUCCCAUCUUGCCAGAUGAAGUUUUGACAGAGUUUCCUCUUCAUGUAAAAGACUCCAAUAAAGAAAACCUCAAGACAGUUCUUUAUGAUCAUUCAUAUUGCAUUCCAAAGAAGUCAAAUCCAGUUGAACGAGUUCCCCUUAUAACUACAACCAAACAACUAAAUUCAACAUGUUUGGGAGCUGUGGACAUACCAGAUUCUGGUAUUUCUGCGAAAACAACUUUUGAACCUCUUCCUUCUACUUCCAAUGCACCAGAACAUAUGACCUAUAAACCCAUUACUCAUGAUGAUAAAAACAUUUGCCAUCAAGAUGCACAGGCAGAAAUAUUAGUCCACAGUUAUAAAAGACCUAAGAAAAACAUUGAAAUGAAAGACACUUCAUCAACAUUUACAAUUAAAGAGAAGAGGCUUUGGCGACAGUUACAAAAUGCAAAAAAAACAAUAAGGAAUAUAGCGAAGUCAAGAGUGAAUUUAGACAAGUUAGAUUCGGAAGUGCUGACAUCGUUAGUAAAGGAUGUAGUGCAGAAUAACAAAAAAAAGUCACAAGGAAAAAGGUGGACUUUAGCCAACAAAAUAUAUGCUUUGGCUAUAUUUAAACGGUCCCCUAAAGCAUACCGCUAUAUGCAAAAGCUGUUUACGCUACCAAGCACUAAAACGCUCCAAAGGAUUUUAAAAAAUAUACCAAUGGAGCCUGGUAUAAAUAAAAAUAUAAUUGAUAUGUUAGAGGCAAAAGCAUCAAGUAUGCCAAAGGAAAAUAAAUAUUGCUCGUUAAUAUUUGACGAGAUGGCGUUAAAGAAACGGAUAAUUUAUAACGAAAUUGCUGAUAAAGUGGAUGGCUACGUGGAUUAUGGAGAGGGCGAGAACAUGGGACGAGAAAAGAAAAUUGCAGACCAUGCGUUAGUGUUUAUGAUACAGGGUGCUAAACAUAAAUACAAGCAAUAUAUUGCGCACUAUUUUGUGGAAGGCACAAUAUCAACAGCAAAACUGGCAAAAAUUUUAUCGGACAUCAUCAAAAAAUUAAAAGAAAUCGGAUUUAUGGUUCUAACAACAGUUUGUGAUCAGGGAUCUACAAAUAUAGGAGCUCUUAACAUGUUAAAAAGAAACUGUGGACAAGGCAUAGAUAGCAACUUUUUCUCUGUAAAUAAUGACAAAAUUUUUAUAAUCUACUAGCUUUCCGCCCGCGGCUUCGCCCGCGUGGAAUUUUGUCUGUCACAGAAAAACUUUAUCGCGCGCGUCCCUGUUUCAAAAACCGGGAUAAAAACUAUCCUAUGUUCUUUCCCGGGACUCAAACUAUCUCUAUGCCAAAUUUCAUCAAAAUCGGUUGCGAGGUUUAAGCGGGAAAGCGUAACAGACAGACAGACAGACAGACAGACAGAGUUACUUUCGCAUUUAUAAUAUUAGUUGGG